AUGGCAUCACCACAUGCCCAUGGCGCAGCUCCGCCGCUGCAACCUCUUCCCCCCCAGACUGGACCACCUAGCUUGACCAUUCGUGAUACUGAGGCUGCGUACAAGGAGAUUGAAGCUCUGGAUCUGUCGGAUGUUGAGAAUGAAGACUCGCAGCAAACUCAGACAGCCAAGCUGGACUACAAGCAGAGGCAGCACAAGCGAGCGCUUGAGCAGGAGAUCGCCGAGAACGUGAAAAGAAAGAGACGACGACUCGACCUCAUGACCCAGUAUCAUGACCACUUCAGCGCUGCUGCCGAUUCUGAGCGUACAGUCUUCGUCGACCAGUACGAGCAGGAGGUGGCCGAAGAAGUUCGUCUCAAAGAAGUUGAGGAAGACAAGGAGCGCAAGAAGGACCAGCAGCGGAAGCGUAGGCGUGAGAAGGCUAUUGCUGAUGAGCAGCAGAAGCGAGAGGAAGCGCUGCAGACAUUACAGACCACCGAGAACGAAGAAGAGAAGGCUCGGCUGGAGCGUGAGAUUCAGCGAUACGAUAAGAAGAUCCGUGAUACGCAGAGCAGACUUCAAGGCAUCACGCCUUCGAAGGAGUUCCGCAAUGAAUCUCCGCACAAUGCCGCCGCUCUCUACCGCCGCGAGCGUGAGGUCAAUUUAGAAGGCGGACUGAUGACAUCCUUCUACACUAGCGGACAGGGCGGUAUGGACGAAGGUACUCCCGAAUUCGUACCGACUGGCAGAGGUCGGGGUCGUGGUGGCCGCGGCGGUGCAUCUGGUCGCGCGCGUAAGAGCAAGGAGCAGAAGGCCGCCGAGAAGGAGAAUGCACGGCUCGCGCAGACAUAUCUCGAUCAAGGUCAGGACCUGCCUCUGAUUGCACCAAAGGAGGAAGAGCGACUCGCCGCAUAUGCUGAACGCAAAAUGCGUGAGGACUCGGAGCCAAUUAGAAUGGCGAAGUUCGAGAGCAAAGGCUACAAUCAAAUCUACGAGCAGAUCACGCGCGAAAUCGCCAAAGGUGUGCCCAAGGUUGUCCGGAUUAAGAACAACAGCCUUGAUACCAAGCAAUCGAACGCUCGCAAGACAGCCCAGCUCGCGGCAAAGGAAGCUCGUCGCUGGCAGCUCAAGACCAACAAGAGCCAGAAAGAUGUCGCUGCUCGUGCCAAGCGCGCUAUGCGUGAAAUGCUCGGCUUCUGGAAGCGAAAUGAGCGCGAUGAACGUGAAGGCAGGAAGGUCGCUGAGAAACAAGAGCUGGACAAGGCCAAGAGAGUUGAAGCUGAGCGUGAAGCGAAUCGCCAGAAGCGCAAGCUCAAUUUCUUGAUCUCGCAGACCGAACUGUAUUCUCACUUCAUUCGCAAGAAGGUCAAGACCGACGAUUAUGAGAAAGAUGGCGUCGACGGCGAUGCCGCUCAACCCAGCGAGAGGAAGGCUGAAGACGAUCCACACGCGACCAAGACAAUUGAUAUGCCCGACUCAGUGGCCAACCCGGGAGCAAAGGUCACCAAUUUCGAGGAUCUGGACUUUGAUGCCGAAGACGAGACUGCACUGCAGCAGGCUGCGAUGGCGAAUGCCCAGAAUGCUUUGAAGGAAGCGCAGGAUCGUGCAAAGGCAUUCAACAAGCCAGAUUCGGACGGCGAAAGUGACUCAAAGGAUCUUGCAGAUGCCCAAGCCAACUUCGAUGAAGGCGAGAUGAACUUCCAGAACCCGACAUCGUUGCAGAGCAUGGAUGUCACGCAACCCAAGAUGCUUACAUGUCAGCUCAAGGAAUAUCAGGUCAAAGGUCUCAAUUGGCUGGUCAAUUUGUACGAGCAGGGUAUCAACGGCAUUUUGGCGGACGAGAUGGGUCUGGGAAAGACUGUGCAAUCGAUCUCCGUCAUGGCGUAUCUUGCAGAGAUGCACAACAUCUGGGGACCUUUCCUCGUCAUCGCGCCUGCAAGUACGCUUCACAACUGGCAGCAGGAGAUCACCAGGUUCGUCCCUUCGAUCAAGGUGCUUCCAUACUGGGGAUCUGCAAAGGAUCGAAAAGUGCUGCGGAAGUUUUGGGACCGGAAGCACAUCACCUACAAUCGCGACAGUCCCUUCCACGUCUUGGUCACUUCUUACCAACUUGUUGUGCAAGACACUGCUUACUUCCAGAAAGUCAAGUGGCAGUACAUGAUCUUGGAUGAAGCCCAGGCCAUCAAAUCGUCACAGUCAUCUAGAUGGAAGUCCCUGCUUGGCUUCCAUUGCCGAAAUCGACUGCUGUUGACCGGUACGCCCAUCCAAAACAACAUGCAGGAACUGUGGGCUCUGCUCCAUUUCAUCAUGCCUUCGCUCUUCGACAGCCAUGAUGAGUUCUCCGAAUGGUUCUCCAAAGAUAUCGAAAACCACGCGCAAUCGAAUACGAAGCUCAAUGAGGAUCAGCUGAAACGACUUCACAUGAUCCUCAAGCCUUUCAUGUUGCGACGUAUCAAGAAGCAUGUCCAGAAAGAGCUUGGUGACAAGAUUGAAGAGGACGUCUUCUGCGAUCUCACCUACCGCCAGCGAGCGUACUACACCAACUUGCGCAACAAGAUCAGCAUCAUGGAUCUGCUCGAGAAAGCAGCUGUUGGCGACGAUCAGGACACUGCGACGCUCAUGAACCUUGUCAUGCAAUUCCGGAAGGUCUGCAACCAUCCCGAUCUGUUUGAACGCGCAGACACCUGGAGUCCGAUGUCCAUGUCCACAUAUGCCGAAACAGCUUCCUUCAUGCGCGAGGGCCACAAUGUCAAUGUCGCGUACAGUGUGCGAAGUCCGAUCGAGUGCUGGAUGCCGAGCAUGCUUGGAGACAGUCCUGGCCUGCUCAACGUGGCUGGACCCGAUAAUCCUCAAGCCGGCUGGCGGAACAAGUGGCUGAGCAACGAGCUCAGCAUUUGGGACCCGCAGAACAUCCAGAACAGUCAGAAGGGCCGCGGCGGCUUCUCCUGGCUGCGCUUUGUGGACCAGUCUGCUGGAGAAGUUGCGUGCACUGCGCGGCGAGGCUUGAUUGACCGUGUCGUGGAGCUCGCUAAGGAAGAUGAUCGCGCAGGCAAGCUCAAGGUUGCAUACGAUGACUUCGAUGACGAAAAGAUCAACGCCGGAUGGACUCCUGUGCACGCCAUGUUCAACAUCGUCAAGCGCAACGACCGUAAGCCACUUGCCGACAUCGCUGUUGACGGCAAUCUUGGCAAGCUUCUCACCAUCUCAUCGACCGCAAUGCAAGAGAAGGGCUACAAGGUCAUCGAGACGUGCUACCUGCCCAAAGCUACGGCACCUCCUGCAGAAUUUGUCUGUCCGAGCCAGCAAGCACUCCUCCAGCAAGAGACAAGCUUCUUCAAUGUGCCAAUUCGUCGCGCGCUAUACCCAAUCAAUUACGAGACCGAACGUGCCUUGCUGCAGUCGAAGAUUCCUGCUUCGAAAUAUCCAGUCACCAACCUGCUACCUGCACCCGAGUCCGAGAAACAGCGAUACACCAAAAUUCAGGUCCCGAGCAUGCGCCGUUUCGUGACCGACUCAGGUAAACUGGCUAAGCUGGAUCAGCUGCUGCGCGAGCUGAAGGCCGGCGGGCACCGUGUGCUGCUCUACUUCCAGAUGACACGCAUGAUCGACUUGAUGGAAGAAUAUCUCACCUAUCGAGCGUACAAGUAUUGCCGACUGGACGGGUCUACCAAGCUCGAAGACAGAAGAGACACUGUCGCCGCGUUCCAGAGCGAUCCGUCCAUCUUCGUGUUCCUGCUCUCCACCCGCGCUGGAGGCUUGGGUAUCAAUUUGACAUCGGCUGAUACCGUCAUCUUCUACGACUCCGACUGGAACCCAACGAUCGAUUCCCAGGCCAUGGACCGAGCACAUCGUCUCGGGCAGACACGACAAGUCACGGUCUAUCGUCUCAUCACUCGUGGCACCAUCGAAGAGCGUAUCAGAAAGCGAGCGCUGCAGAAGGAAGAAGUGCAGCGUGUCGUCAUCACGGGCCAAGCUGGAAGCACUGUGGACUUCAACAAUCGGUCGCGCGAGAACAACCGUACGCGAGAGAUGGCCAUGUGGCUGGCAGACGAUGACCAAGCCGAGGCUAUGGAGCGUCGUGAGAUCGAAUUGGCGGAGGAAGAAGCCAAGGCUGGUGGCAAGAAGAAGCGAAAGAACGCUGCCGUGGGCAAGAAGAAGGAGGUUUCCAUGGAUGACAUGUAUCACGAAGGCGAAGGCAAGUUCGAGGACAACGCUUCUCAUGAGCCAUCGGGCGCAGCGACGCCAAUCUCGGCAAUGGAUGGUCCGCCUGCGAAAAAACGGAAAGGACUGAGCAAAAAGGCCAAGACGGUCAAGCAGCGACUAGCUGUGGUUGAUGGUGAAGUUGGCUGA